AUGCAGACAAAAAAAUUCACAGGGCCUGAUGUUAAAAAGGUUCCUUUGGUCAACUUUUUAACAGGCCAACCCUCAGCAGAUCUUCUCCCCUCAUCAUUGUUUGCCAAUGCGUCCAAGAAAUUGUUUGAGAUUCCAGGAACAGAAGAUGCUGUUUUAAAUUAUGCUCCAUCACUCGGUUCUCCAGAUUUUCUUAAGAAUCUUGCUAAUUUCUUAUCUGAAGAGUAUCACACGCCUGUAUACAAAGAACACCUGUGUGCCACACCUGGAGCAUCUUUAGCCCUCGAGCAUAUUUUGGCAUUGUUGACUAGACCACAAACAAGCACAAAAUUUGCCAUAUUCCAAGACCCAACCUACCAUCUCGUCUAUGACAUUUACAGAAAUGUUGGGUUUAAAGACGACCAGUUUAUCGGAAUUCCAGAGGUUAUUGAUGGCUCUGGCCUUGAUACAAAAGUACUCGGAAAAUUCUUGGCGAAAUCACUUCCUUUGGCAGAUCCAAAAACCAAAGAUGUUGAAGACUAUGCAGCUGUCUUAUAUUGUGUUCCAACACACGCAAAUCCCUCUUCAUCAACCCUAUCUUCUCCGCGUCGCAAGGAGCUAGUAGACCUUGCUCACCGUUACAAUGUGCUGGUUCUAUGUGAUGAUGUAUAUGACAUCUUAACAUAUGAAGGAUCAACACCUAGACGGCUAGUGGCGUAUGAUUUGGACAUACCCGGAAAGGCUGUUGUAGUGAGCAACUGCUCGUUUUCAAAGAUCCUUGCUCCCGGUGCACGUGCAGGGUGGAUAGAAGCAAAACCUUGUUUGAUUGAACGAGUUGGAGUUUGUGGCUCAUUUCAUUCGGGGGGAUCGCCUUCUAAUCUUGCCUGUCAGAUAAUCAACAUUAUGCUAGACACUAAGGACCCUAAUCUAUGUCUCCAUCGUCACAUACAUACUUUACGUGAUUUAUUAGCCAAGCGCCUUUGGAUUGGUCUUUGGGAGCCUAUUCAGAAGCUUCUGGUACCCCUUGGCUGUCUUGCGGUACGACCAAAGGGCGGUUAUUUUGUUUGGCUAAAGCUGCCUUUGGGCGUGAGCUAUGCCCAGCUUGUCAAAACCAUUGUCGAUAAUAAGAUUCAGAUCAGUCUCGGCUCUGGUUCUCUUUUCGGUGUACCCAUAAAAAAUGAAAACCGGUUGUGGGAAUCUGAUACCGAUCGAUAUGUCCGCCUUUGUUUUGCUCGUUAUUCUGUCAACGACCUUCAAGUCGGAAUUUCACGCUUAGAAGCCGCUCUAAAUCUAGCUCUAAAUGCAAUUUCCAAGAGAAGUAUAAAAAAUUAA